AUGGAUGACAAUGUUGUACCUUAAUAAAUCAUCAAACUAUUAUAUGAUAAAAGUUAGGAUAAGAAACAAUAAGGAUGUCAAUAAUUAAAAUCAUUAGUUCAAUCUUAUGCUUAAAGUGGAAAGGAAUUAUUAAUCAAAUAAAUAAUAGAAACUUUAAAAAUAAAAUUUACAUCUUCUUCAUAAUUGUACCUAAAAAGAUAAGGAAUGUUUGCUAUUUAGACAGUGGCUGAAAUUCUAGUGAAAGAAGUAAUUGUGAUUUUCAUAUAUAGUUUCCAUAAUUAGCUGAAAGAUGUGUUAAAGAUUUGACUUAACCAAUUUUGGAAUGCUUAAAUGAUAAAGAAGACAAGGCUAGAUAAUAUGCUGUUGAAUGUUUGUUGUAAUUAACUAAAAUAAUGAAAACAAUGAUCCUUUUAAAUUUUAAUGAAAUAUUUGAUUAUCAAUUAGGAAGAUCAGCAGAAUAAGAUAAUUAAAUUGUUUAAGCUAUGUUUUUAUUGGAUGCAUAAUUAAAGACUCAAGUUUAAAUAGCAGUUCAAGAAAGAUUUUCAGACCCAGGAAAACCAUGUUAUUUCAAUUUAAACUCUUUUAUGAUUUAGUUAUAGAGUAAAUUAAAAUCAAGAGUAACAUAUGUUCGACAAUUCCUACUUGGAUGGAUUAAGGUUUUAAAUUAAUGUCAUAAUAAUGAUUUAUACAUUUAUUUUCCUAUGAUAUUGGAAGGUAUUUUCAUGAUGUUAGGAGAAUCAAACAAGUAAAAUGAAUUAAUAUCAAUAGGGAAGUUCGUAAUGGUGCAGAUUUAUAAGCAAAUGAAUUUUUGAAAUAAGUAGAAAUUAAAGUAAAUCUUGAUUAAAGAGUAAAUGAAUAGAUUAUAGAAAUUUUAUUGAAAAUUUGUUAAAUGAAAGGAAAUCAAAAUAAUUAUGCUAAAUUAAAUUCUUUAUUAUGGAUUUUUGAAUAUUUAAGAGUAUUUUAAUAAGAAUUAGAAGAAGAAUAAAAAGGGAAAUUGGGAUUUUAGCAUUCAACUUCUCAUAUUAAAUAAGAAGAAUAUCUAAGAAGUAAUACAUCUCCAAUUUCUAAAAAUUAAAUGUAAUAAUUUUUAGGUGGAUUUGAAUCACCUUUAAGAAAAACUAUAUUGAAUAGUUUAAGUUAAAUAUUGGGUCCAAUUCUAAUUUUACUAUCUCAUGAAGAAGAAGAAAUAAGAAAAGCUGCUUAAAAAACAAAUGAAUUGUUAUUAAAAGUUAUGGAAAAAGUCAAAAAUUAAUCUGUAGAAUUUAUGAAUAUUGUACCAACAAUAAAGGAGAUGUUAACUGAUAAAAAAAGUAAUACAGCUGAAUCUGCAUUAAUAUGGAUGAAACACUUAUUAGAAACAUAUUCUGAAUCCCUAUUUCCAACUAUAGAAGAUAUAUUAACAAAAGUAUAUUUCUAAUUAUUUAAAUAGCUAAUUGAUAAAUUGGCAGAUUCAGAAUCUGCUAUAGUCUAAAAUAUUAUGGAUGUAUUGGCAAAUAUAUCAAUGCAUAGUCAAUAUUUUGAAAUUGUUAUUGAUAAAAUAUUGACUAUGCUACAUAAAAAUUAAGAAUAAUCUGAAAAGAAGGGAGAUUAGAUAUUUAAAAAAUUAUGUUCUCUUCUUAAUCCAUAAAAGGUUUAUUUUACAAUAACAGCUAAAUUAUUAGAAAUAUAUUCAGAUAAUGAUGUACUAUUUAUUAGUAAUACUGUUUAAACAUUAACUACUUUAUUAAUUUCAGAAAAAGAAUUAUAAAAUCUAAGAAAUAUAUUGAGAAAUUUAAAACAUGAAAAAGAUGAAAAAUAAAGAUAACAUAAUUAAGAAAUCUUUGAAACACUCUAUAGAACAUUUUGUUACAAUUCUAUGAGUGUAAUUACAUUAUGUUUAUUAUCUGAAGAAUAUGAGUUGGCUUAUAAUAUAAUUAUUAGUUUUUCAGAAGUGGAAGUCAAUUAAUAUAUAUUAUUAGAAAUAGCCUAAUUAAUUAAUGUUCUAGAAACACCAGUAUUCAUUUGUAAUAUAAAUAAAUAUUAAAGUUUUAAGAUUAUAAUUGUUGGAAUAUGAUUCUCAUCCUUUCUUAAUGAAGUGUUUGUUUGGAUUAAUGAUGCUAUUACCCUAAGGACCAGCUUUUAAUAUGCUUAGACAAAGAUUAAAGAAUGUUUCAAAUACUUAAAUUUAGUCUUUAUAAUAAGAUAAGAAAAUGGAAACAGAAGAGUUUUUGGAUAUAUAGAAAUUGCUGACAUAAUUUAGAGAUAUACGACUUUAGUGUAUUAACUAAGAAUCAAAACAAAAAGAUUUAAAUUGA